CGACAUGUGCUGUACUUUACUGUGUGGAUAGAAAGGUAUGUAUUUUCAGCAGUAAUUCACUCUCCACCCCUGAAUUCAAACGAGGGGGCCGGCCUUACAUUAGCCAAGUGACCUUCGCCACCUUUUCGCUAAGAUGCUCCAGCUCCGUAAGCAAGUUGUGCGCCGCGCGCUGCAGACGCGUGCCAUUGAAUGGACCGCCAUGUCGCAGAAGCUGACGGACCCGCGCGCUCGUGCUGCCCUCGACAGCCUGCGUGAUGUGCACGGCCAGAUCGCCGCCGAGGCCCGCGCCUACGUGAAGGAGCCCGAGCCGAUCGACUUCGACUACUACCGCUCGGUCAUCAAGAACAAGGAGCUGGUGGAUGCCAUGGAGGCUAACUACAAGAGCAUCUCCUUCCCGACCAUCACUCCCGAGGAGCUGGACGCCUCUGCCAAGUCUGCUGACCUGCCGGAGGAGCUGCGUCUGAACGAGCAGGAGACUGUCGACAAGCUCUUCGCCCAGCUGAACGAGAAGGUGGCGGACUCGAAGGCCCGCAUUGAGGAGCUCAAGGAACUCAUCGGUCUGAUGGAGGAGACCCGCACGACGCUGGCUACGACCAUGGACGAGGUGACGGCCAUGUACCCGGAGGUUGAGGAGGAGAUCGACGAUGAGAUCGCCAACCUCGAGUGGGAGAAGGACACGCAGUAAGAUGCUCUUCAUCUAAAGACAAGAGAAAAAAAAUCUUGGACACUGCAGUCUUCUACAGGAUACACAGAUGCAAAGUGGACGAGAGAGGCUUGAGCAAGACGAGCAAUUGAGCACGUACAGUACAUCUCGGCUCUCGUGGGUUGGUGUACUCUUUAAAUGCCAACUCUUCUCAACACGCAAAUUGAAGUGGGUUUGCAUGUGUCUCGCUCGCUGGCUCGUCCGUCUUUCACGUUAAUCCAGUGAUGUCUGCAGCUCGUAACAGGAUUGAUUCAACUAUUUCAAAGCACAGCCCCACCACCUUAGCAUAAAGCCGUGUAUUAGACCAUUCUUUUAGUUAUUCG